GUAAGGGAUUGAAAGCCUUUUCGGAUAACUCGUACUUAUGCCACUUACUUAAAAAGGAAAACAUAUUUGUAUCAUUGCCAUUUAUAUAUAUAUAUAUAUAUAUAUACACACAUAUCUCACGUUAUUAGUUAACUUGUAUUACUGGCCUUACAGUGUGAGUUAGUUUUGGUGGUGCCCAUCUGCGGGGCGUUCACGGACCAAUGCAGAGGAUGAUAAGGUCACUGCUCUGGUGCUACACCCGCUGCUAUCUAGAUCAGUUUAGGCAUCAGUUCUGGUUUAAUUAGAUAUUUUGUCUUACAGUUUGUUCACGUGAAUUGUCUUAUAUUAUUUUUGUUCACAUUUGCUUAUUGUCAGUAGAAUCUUCGUCACUUUACAAACUAGUGCAGGUUAAAUAGCUAAGCGUCUGCGAGAGCUAGCAUAGUGUAAUAGUGCAGUAUCCGCGUGUGUCAGCAACAUAUGGGACAUCUGAGAAACACAACUGCAAAUAAUGUGGCUUUGUAACUGUGACGGGAGAGAUUAUUCACUGGAAUUGGUAGACCACCGGACUAGACCAUCACAUGUCCAACUCUGUAACCAUAGGGUGAAGUGAAGCAGCCGAGGCACGGCAGCUGCGGAGCAGAGUGGGGGUCCACGGGGGUCGAGGAUGGAGCUGACUGCGGCUCACCCAGCUCUCAAAGCCUUCAUGUGUGGCUCUCUCAGUGGCACCUGCUCGACGCUGCUCUUCCAGCCUUUAGAUCUGGUCAAAACACGGCUACAGACUUUGCAGAAAAAUGCCAAACCAGGAGCACCUAAAAUUGGAAUGUUUUCUGUUUUUAUACAAGUAAUUAAAACAGAAAAAUUCUUCAGUCUCUGGAAAGGAGUUUCACCAUCAUUCGUGCGCUGCAUUCCUGGUGUGGGCAUCUAUUUCAGCACUUUUUAUUCUCUGAAGCAGCACUUCUUCCAGGAUCGAGCACCUAACGCUGGGGAGGCUGUGCUUCUUGGAGCAGGGGCCAGAUCUGUGGCUGGGGUCUGCAUGCUUCCAUUCACAGUCAUCAAGACACGCUUCGAGAGUGGCUGCUACAACUAUGGGAGUGUAGUGGGGGCCCUAAAGAGCAUGUAUCAGACAGAGGGAGUCAGAGCUCUGUAUUCUGGGCUAACUGCGACACUGCUCAGAGAUGCUCCUUUCUCUGGCAUCUACGUCAUGUUCUACAGUCAAACCAAGAGGUCCCUGCCUCACGAGGUGGCCUCCUCCCCUUACGCUCCUCUGGUGAACUUCAGCUGUGGGGUAAUUGCUGGAGUCAUGGCCUCGCUAGCCACACAACCUGCUGAUGUUGUCAAGACACAUAUUCAAGUUAGCCCAUCCCACUGGCGCACGGUGGAUGCCAUCCACUACAUCUACACUGAAAAUGGAGUACGGGGUUUCUUCCGUGGAGCUGUCCCUAGGUCUCUUAGACGCACACUAAUGGCCGCCAUGGCGUGGACCGUCUAUGAACAACUAAUGGCUAAAAUGGGUCUCAAAUCCUGAGGUGUUUUCAAGAGCCAGUGCUUGUCUUAAUCUGAGAGAAUAUAGAUGCAUUUUCUCAAUAAAGGCCUGAGGAAGGCGCUACACUCCAAGUGAGGUCUCACGACCUAGACACCCCUGCACAACAAAAGCUAAGGUAUAUAAAAAUAUCUAAGAAGAACAGGUGGCCUGUGUGUACUGUGUGUAUGUGUGUGCUUGUAAAAAUGUUGUGUUAAUAUGUGAAAUGAGUGUUGUCUGUUAAACCUUACUGUUGUGUUGGUCUGGGAUCAAAGUGAUGUUCUCGGCUUCUCCUCCAAACUCCCAAGUUGUUGUCAGAGAACUGUUACUCGGAGCCAUUUUGUCGGUGUAUACAGUGUAUCAACUUGACUGAAGAUUCCCAAAUGUGUACAUCUGGGAAUGCAGUUGAGACUCCAGAAUCCUGCAGUGGCAUUUUUAGAAAAAGAUCUGCACAGACAAUCAUGCUGCUGUGUAAAGGAAAUAAAGGCAUACACAACUGAUCACAAAAAGGCCUUUUGUUAGAUAUUCUGAAAACUAUGCUUAACUGAGUACACUCGUGUCUGCUAAUUGGUGUUACAUCUGAUGCUUCAAACUGAAUUUUAAAGGUUACAUAAUAGUAGUGUCAGUUUGCUGACCGCUGAAUUGAUUUACACAAGUUUGUUGCACUUAAUACUAAUUGGUAGCAUUUGUGAGUCAUACUCAUCAGUACUGAUUCAAAAUUUUUAUUAAGUGCAACUUUGUAAAUAUUUGCCAAAAAUAGUGAUAUUUUUAUCUGUACCCUUUUAUUGUAGAGAAGAGACAAAAAGCUAUGUAAUUAAACACCACAAACAAGACCUUUUAGUUUUCAUGUAAACCUAUAUGUGUAGGAUUUACCAUUUUUAAACCGUGAAUUUGAAUGUAAUAUUUUUUUUUGUUUUAUGUUACGAAACUAAUGUUUGUCUCUGAUUGUUUGUAAAACCACUCCUGCUGUUGAUCUUUGUUAUGACUAUGUAUAUGGUCAUUUAGUGUAUUGAAGACACGUUUGUGUGUUUUAUCUAAAAAUGAGAAAUAUGCUUUUGACAGUUACGUGCACUUGUCAAAGUGAUGGUAAACUGUUGUAAUUAAUUAAAAUAAAUGUAUUUUGAAUAAAA